AUGCUGAAGCCCGAGAUCAACACUGUCGGGGCCCGUUUCCCCGACCUAGAAUGGCUCGUAUUGGCAGAGGCAAAGGACAAUGACAUUGCGUCCACGAUCCUAGACCCGAAUGGAGAAGGUGAAAGCAUUCAAGGUCUUUCUGCUGUCUCUCUCGGAAAGCUUCUCGGAAACCUUCCUCGCCUUGAACGACUAGCAGUGGGAAUGUCACGAUAUGAGCUCAGAGCCCAUCUGUCAGAACUGAAACUGGCACUCAGUGUCGCUCUGCGGACACAGGCAACGAUUCACCUUCUCUCUCUGAUGGUGAGGGGAUCUUUCUCCUCUUGGGGCCUACCCGUCCUGGAGGCGUCAUCGAUGUCAACAUGGCUGAAUAAAGCCUCCGAUGAUGACAACAACGACGACAUUAACGCCUUGGAACCCCCAUCCAAGUACACUGUUGCCACUAUUACUAGCUCGACCAGCUUGUCGACAGGGAACCUCGAUGCGUUAAAGACUUAUACCACGAAGGGUAAUCAAAGCCCCUCGAGAUCUGUUGGCAAAGCUCUACGGGAGGAGGAACAACCUGAAGAUCGAAUGAGGGAAAUGCUUGUUCCCAGACUGAAUCUACAAGAUGACCAUCCCCUUGCAAACUCGACGUCACUUGAGACACUGCCGUCGCUGGUAUUGCAAAUCCAACCUGAUAAACGUGCCGCUAGGUCUGAGUCACCAAAAUCUUUGGGGUGUGGUGGCGAAAGAGGUGUCAAAGAAGAUCGACAAGACGGCGAUCCAGGCUUCGGAAAGAUCUCGCCGGGCAGCAAGGCGAGGAAACGCUACCUGAUCAACGUUGAUGGACUGGUCCCAGGAAGGAGAGGGUCAAAAACGGGCGAUGGACCGAACAGUUCACCCCCAGGCGAGGCUCUUUCUAAGAAGGGAUUUGCCCGGCGAAUACAAUAUAUUAUUCAACAAUGUCAUAAUGCAGCAUUCAAGAUGACCCAUGAUUGGCUUGGACUUCAAUUGGAGCAAAAGCGCACAGAAGGACUCUGGCAGCGUCGCUCUACAGACACAGACAAGUUCGGACACUACAGUACUCAAGUUGGAAUUUUGAAGCAGAAUAUGGUGACGUUUAAAGGUUUUUGCAAUGCCUGCGCAACAGCAGAGAAGCAAAGGCAUGACCACUCAGAAGGAAGUCGCCGUGCAAGUCAGCCUGUCUUCUGUGGUAUUACCCUGAAUUACGAACAGGACCCAGCCGCCUUUCCUGGAAACAGUCACAGGGUCACGGGGGAAGUAUCACACAUCCUACCUUUCGCAUGGAACAAGAAUGAGGUGAAUCGAGGGUACACCUUUCGGACCCUCCCCGUCGGAACCAAGCUUUUCUUCAACCUGGCAGACCAAGUCAGACUGUCACAGAUGGCUCACCUAUCGCUGGGAUGCUCAGACAUGUGGCCGUACGAGAAGCGAUUCAUGGAUGUAAACGGAAGCGAAGCAGCAACUCGCACGCAAUGCUUGAAGUAUUUCUCUAGGUGGCAGCGACUUUUAAAAGGAUCAAUGCUGCUCUAUCGCACUCGAUGGAGGAAGAUCUGGCCACCAGAACCUCAACCUGUCUCUGAGCCUGUCGACCUUCCGUAUCCGGGAGGGUACAGGCCCAAACGGUCCACGAUUGCUUGGAUCGAGCAUAUUGGACUUUCAAGCCUCUACCAAGAAAGAACACGGACCUCAUGUCGACUCAUGCAGAGCCGAACACCCCAUCCCUUCUGCCUACCCAGCAUGCCACUGGUUGAGAUGGUAGCAUCCUCAGCCUAUCUGCCAGUUCUCCGUGCUUUAAUCGCAUGCUUCACUGACGUGGCUCAUGGCCAUGGCCUGUGGACAAAGCCCGUGGAGAUUCGAGAAGACGACUGUCCAGGCUGCACCGAAUCACGGCAGACUAAGACGCUAUCAAAAAUUACUUUCAUCAACUACAACGAGGAUAAAAUUCUCGAUGUGGUGACCAGCGAGUCAGCCUACAAUAAAGCCUUUGCCGAUGAAAAAUAUUCUCCGGCAAAACACAAGUGCGUACCAGGAAUGCGUCUUCGUGCGAUCAAUGAGCCCUACGUGGACGCCCAGUAUCAGCUGCGAAACGGGACCGAGUUCGAGCUGGGAGGGAUUGACGAGGAUGUUGACUUCAAUUACCAGGAUAUAUCUGCGUAUCAUGUCUUCUUCUUCAUCAAGCAGCUCGAGCGGUAUCAGCUUCCUGAACCUUUGGAGGUUUCCUCUAUUCCUAGCGACAUCGAGGUUAAAGGACAAGAGAAAGCCGUUCUGCGAGGCGCUAAUGUUUCCCCAUCAACUGGUGAAGAAGACGAACUGAGCAUGAUAUCAAUUGAUGACAACACCAUUUCCUGGUUCUCCAGCAUCUUCAACAAUGAUGGCAACUAUCCAGACGAACAACGUAUCAUGGUGAGAAACAUGAAUCUCAACUGCGGUGCGGUUUACGAAACCGUCCGCCGCAUCAGCGAAGAAGGUGGAAGCAACAGCAUUACUCCUAUUGAUAGAUAUCGAACUCGCAACGAGAUCAUUGAAGACGAUCGGGGUGCCCAGCAUAUCUUGAGCGCUGUGGAAGCUGUUAGGCUACUGAUCCCCUUUUUUUUAUCUGGGACAAUGGGAAACUUUAAAGACACCCUCGAGCGUUUCUCCAAGAAUCCAGACUUCACCGGUCGAGGCUUGACACCUACCAUGCAACUGGCUCACGUCAUCGACACGUUACCCCGAGCACUUUCGGCUCUCGGAAAGGAGUCAACGAUCCAGAACCCCUUCCAGGAAAGUAAACUGUUCAAUCAGUCGUUGGCCAUCGACACUGAAAAGGCUGCCAGUAUCAAGAGAAACGCAGUCCUGUUCAAAACACCAGUCUUUUUUUUCCAUUCCAACUGUCCGACUCAAUGGGAUCAUGACUGGCUCAACGGCAUGACUGUCGACGAAGUCGACGAGCUUCUGUACCCGAACGUCAAGGCGGCUGUUCAAGAAGAGAUCCAGGGCUAUCAGCGGAAGAGGGGCAGCAUGGAUACAAUGGACGACUUGGGAUUUGCAACAAAUGUGAUAAUGGACGCAUUCAACCCUGACGGAUACACAGAUUUUGACGGUAUUCGCUACAUCACGUCUCAAAGCCUGCGAAAAGCCCUCUUAAACGAUAUACACAUGAGCUCGGAAGAAGCAUGA